AUGUCCACAUAUGAAGAGGAACAUAGCAUUACCCAAACUACAUCAGACAGUAGACGGGAUCUCAGAAACCAUAUUCGCGAGCUUUACCAGGAGAAUGGCGAUUCCAACGCCCUCUUGGAAUUGCUUUCGCAACUAAUUCCGGAAUCGAUGCAAGAAGAGCUUCUCCAAGACCAAAAACAAGGUUGUCCGGACCAUUACGUGGACUCGCUUCCUCGAGUGAACAAUAACAAAAUUGGCCUUCACGAUUCUUGUAGUAUAUGCUGCUGCAAAUACAAGGAAGACGAUUUCCCCUUAGUGGUAGAAUUGCCGCAUUGUGGCCAUCGCUUCGAUCUUGAAUGCGUAGCGGUUUGGCUUUCCAAGAGUACCACCUGUCCGCUGUGCAGAGACGACGUUUUGUCACACAAGCCUAAAAUCGAUGUUAGCGAGGUCGAAAUGGAGGACGAUUGGGGAAUGUACGGAUGA